AUGACCGACAGCCCUCGUCGAGCCCAAGAUGAUCCCACGGCCCCAACCCGCCCUCCCAUCAUGUCCCCGCAAGGUGGCAGCAACAACCGCAGCAGCGGCGGCGGCAACACAUCUACACCCGCUUCCUCAGCCAUAGCCGCGAGCCAGGCUCCCGCCGGUUCUCCUGCUCCCUCCCUCCCUCCAUUCUCUUCAAAGUCCAAAGUACCGCCCCAACGAUGGGUGAAGCGGUACCGGACCGAAGUCAGCGCCAGCUUGUCCAGCGCCAUCAGCACGGCCUGUGCCUUUCCACUCGACAGCGUUAAGACGCGCAUGCAGACUUACAAAUACGACGGCUUUGCCGACUGUUUGAAGCACACAUACGCCAAUGAAGGCUUGCGGGGAUUCUUCCGAGGUGUAACGGCACCUCUGGCAAGCGUCACGAUUGUACGGACGAUAUCGUUUUCCAUCUACCAGCGCGCCAAAUACAUAUACUCGGACUGGUUGAGCAAAAACUUUGGGUUUGACGUCCUCAAGCAUGUCAAUACGCACGGCACCUACCCAAACCUCUGGUCGGUUGCCUGUUUUGGUGCGGCCGGUGCCACGGCAGGAUCCUGCAUCACGGUCAUCGCCUGUCCGUUCGAAUUGACCAAACUGAGCGCCCAAGUGUCAGUCUUGCUAUCUGAAAAGACGCAAUGUCCCGACUCACGCAGCCGCGCCGUGGCUUCUAGCUACCAAAAUAAGGGCACUUUAAAAACCAUGGCAAAUAUUAUUCGCCAUCGAGGACUCACAGGCCUUUAUACGGGUUACCGGUUGCACUUAUUACGAGAUACACUCGGCACAAGCCUGUAUUUCAUCACAUACGAAAGUAGCAAACAGCUCCUCACAACGUUCGCCGGUUCCGCGACCCAGCCAAGCACUCUGCCCGUUUUUAUUGCCGGUGGCCUGUGCGGCAUCGUAUCGUGGUCUCUUAUCUACCCAAUCGACUCGGCCAAGAGCAUAUAUCAACGAAAUGCCCUGCUGUAUUCGAAAGGCCAAAAGGUGAAGCCGGUCAAGAUCCACUUCUUCCAGCGCCAGAUGUACCGAGGCCUCGGCGUGUCCAUGACGCGGUCCUGCGUCCUGAACGCCAUCUUCUUUUCGUCCUUUGAGUUUUGGAAGAAGCGCAUCGACAAGCUCGAGGACAAGCCGGGGUGGUAA